AUGUCCACCGAAGACCAGCUAAGUGACAAUGAUAUUCCCGACGACCAAGUGAUCAAUGAUAUAUUUCUGGCUCGUGCCACCAAGCACGCCGAAGAUGCUGUGGACUACGAAGAUAUAGACGAGCUCGCCGACGAUGAAGAUCCGUUGGAAUCAUUUGGAGGCGAUCUUGCUCAGCAAGCCGAUGCAGAAGAAUCGAAGUUUCAAGAGGAAGCUGACCAAGAGUUUGACGACAUGUUUGGCGACGGUGGCGACGAAACACAACACAACGAAGACCUUUUCGCUGACAACAGGGUCAAUGAUGUAGAGAUAGAUGCGGACAUGGGAGAUAUUUUCCAUGACGACGACACUUUGCUUUCUCCAGAAAGCCAGCCUAGCCGCAAACGAUCCGGUCCCAAGCUUCUGGAAGCAGAACGGGAGCGCAAAAAGCAAAGACUUCGAACUGCCAUAGCAAAACUCAAGGAAAACCAGAAAGUUCGCCAACUCAACUACUACUUUCCCGACUUUGAUAAAUCCAAACCAUACAAUAACCACUUGUUAUUCCUUCCCGAGCCUCGAUUCUACUCGUACCUCACCCCUCCCUUGGCUACGAAAUCAUUCGUCAAGCCUCUCAUUCCCAAGAAAUUGACUCUUGAAGUCGAGGAAGAUGAAAGCAGGAUAUUCCGUUCCCGAAGGGCAGCAAAAGCCAACAAGCUGACAGUACGAGGCAUCACAAAGAUUACCGACGCCGACAUAGAACUAGCCAAUAAGGCUGGCUCUGCUGAUACCGACGUGGUAACUAAAACCAUUCCUUUCUUGGAGAUUGACGGUUAUAAUGAAGACAAGUUUCAGUCUUACGACAAGAACUUGAUCUUGUCAGCUGCCGAUUGGGACGAUGAGCAGAUUAUAAACGGUAAAGAAACCACACAAAAGACACCACAAGAAACGACGCAAGGAACAGCAUGGUUCAUCUCAAAGUCAAAGGACGAGGAUGCUGAGUAUCUUGAUGAUGAGAGAAUAUUCUCGGGCCAGAUUGCCGAUGACGUCGUCAAGCUCGAUAUGAACGACCCGGGACUUCUCUUUGUUCCUGAUAAAACCUCAAAAAGCCAAUCGAAAGCUUUGGUCCCACUGGAUGAAAAAAAUAUCGCAUCCAAAUUUAACAUAUCGAACGAUAAACUGUAUGACAUUCUCAAGCAAAAUUACAAUACCAAGGUUAGAAGUCAGUUGAGUAAUCUUACAAUUGAACACUCUGUUCCAGCUUUAAGGCUUCAGUCUCCAUAUUACAAGGUGAAGUUAUCGAAACAGGAGGCUAGGAACUUCCAUAGGCCACGCUUUGACGUUCGGCCAGGAACAUUAAUAUCUUUCUCCAAGUUGAAAGUAAGAAAAAAGAAGAAGGACAAGGGCAAGACAACCCAAGAACUAGUUUCAAAAACGUCGGACUUGACAAAUGCCGACACAUCUUCCUUACUUGCCUUGGAGUAUUCGGAACAAUAUCCGCCUAUACUAUCAAAUUUCGGUAUGGGUUCAAAGAUAAUCAACUACUACAGAAAGGAAAAAGACGAUGAUAACGCAAGACCCAAGGCUCCAAUUGGAGAAACACACGUUCUAGGUGUGGAAGAUAGAUCACCCUUUUGGAACUUUGGCCAUGUAGCUCGAGGUGAUUUCGUUCCAACAUUGUACAACAAUAUGUUGCGAGCUCCAAUUUUCAAGAAUGAAAUGAAAAAUACGGAUUUCUUACUUGUGCGCUCACAGGGAGCAGGCAGUCACCAAAAAUAUUAUUUGAGAGGAAUUAAUCAUAUGUUCGCCGUCGGAAACAUCUUUCCUGUCAUGGAGGUCCCUGCACCUCAUUCGAGGAAGGUCACGAAUGCGUCAAAGAACAGGUUACGCAUGAUUGUGUUCCGCUCUAUGAAUGCCAAUGAUGAGUCUCGUAUUUCAGUUAAGGAUAUUUCCCAUCACUUUCCUGAUCAGAAUGAUAUGCAAAACAGGCAAAGGUUGAAGGAGUUCAUGGAGUACAAUAGAACAGGAGAGGAUCAAGGUUUUUGGAAAAUAAAAAAGACCGAUUCUGUCCCAUCAGAGGAAGAUAUCAGAGCUAUGCUCACUCCAGAAGACGUCACUUUAUUAGAUGCCAUGCAGCAUGGAAACCAAAUGCUCGACGACAUAUUCUACAUUUUUGGAGAUGAGACCAAGGAGGACAGAAGAGCGAACAAACGAAAGAAGGACGAGGAUGAGGAAGAAGAGGCGGAUAAGUCUAAAAAGGAUAACAAGGAGAAGGAAAUUGAAGACAUUGAUGAAGAAUUAGCUCCAUGGAAUGCCACGAGAAAUUUCUUAAUCUCCAAUCAAACCAAAUCGAUGCUUCAAUUGAACGGCGAAGGAGACCCAACAGGUAUAGGUUUGGGAUUCUCAUUUUUGAGAUGUACUCAGAAAAGUGGUUUCACUCCUUUAUUUGCACCAGUCAAAGAGAAUGUUCCCAAAAAUAGCACGGCAUCUUAUCAACAAAAGUUAUAUGAGGAUGAAGUAUCUAGAAUUUGGUACGCCCAAAGGCGUUCCUUGACAGUGGAUCCCCAUCACGGGCAGGGCCUUAGUCCCAUUUACCGCGAGUAUAAACCAGCUAAUCACCAGAAAUACGUUAAGAACCGAGUCUCAAAAGAUCGAAUGAUGAGCAGCCUUGCGGAUCCAAAAAGUCCCAAGGUUCUUAAGAUUUCAAGACGCUUUAGAGAUGAGAACGGUAUAUUACAACGUAAAGAGGAGGUUAUCAGUGAUCCUCGAAUUAUCAAGGCAUACGUGAAACGAAAGAAGCAAGUUGAAGAUGAAAUGUUGCGGAAUGCCGAUGUUGACGAAAUCAUUCCAACUAACGAUAAAGAAUUGAACAGAAUCAGGCGAAAGGCAUUGGAGGAGAGAUACGCAAGUUUGGAAAAGAAGUCUAAAUUGGGCAGAGGAAAAAAGUCAAAAGAUGCAAAUCCACCACCACCUCCUGUCAAGAAUCCCUUGCAAAACCAACCUCCAGAUGGCUCGCCACCUGUUAGCAGAAAAGGAAUUGGUAAAGGAAAGAAUACGAACAGAAAGUGUGCCACAUGUGGAGCUUAUGGUCACAUUAGUACCAACAAGUCAUGCCCAUUAUACAGCCAGAGAUUUGGUAAAGGUGGCGGAAUAGGUACUGCUGCAGAUGAUAUAUCAGAGUUUGCACUUUCGCAAUAG